AUGUCGGCGGGCGGAGGGGCGGGACUGCCUGCCCCAAGAUGGCGGCCGCCAGCCAGUAAUUUGAGACUGCUGAGAAGAUGAGAACCUGCACGUGGGCAGUCCGUGAAGUUACUGGCCUCCUUUCACCCAAGUGUGGCAAGGAAGGCUAGCAGGCCAAGACAUUUGGACCAAAUAUGUCAAUUGGACAUCUUGUUCAUGGAUAAGUUUGCUGAACAAGCCUGCAAAUUGGAUGAAGCCUGAUCACCAACAUGGAAGUUGACAGAACUGGUGAAGAUCACUUGAAAAUCCACAAAAUGAAGAAGAAGAUAAUGAGGAAGCAGGUCAGAGCUCAGCAUACGUUGAUGAGACAUGAGGGCAUUGAGUGUGUCUCCCAUGCCACACAGAACCUAGUUAUUGCCAAUGCUGGCCUAGGUAAUGGAAUGGGUAGACACCAACUGCUCAAGACAGUAGAAGAAUACGGAUUGGUGGAAGCACUUUUAAUGCCACCGAAUAAACCAUACUCAUUUGUGAAAUAUGGGUCAACGGAAGAAGCCAAGAAAGCCUUUGAUGCUCUCAAUGGAAAAGAAUUAACACUGGGAGACUCUGGCCAAAAUGUUGUUCUGUAUAGUAAUUUUGUGGAAAAAGUUUUCUUGAAGAAUGCUGUUGCUACAAACUUGCCUCCAGGCCUCCUAGUCAUUGAAAAGGUAGUUUCUCCAGAGGAAGAAAGGAGGAUGUUGGAAAGUAUUGACUGGAUGGGAGAUGAAGAUGCUCAAAAUGCCCAGAAGACUUUAAAGCAUAGAAAAGUAAAACAUUUUGGAUAUGAGUUUCGCUAUGAUAACAACAAUGUUGAUAAAGACAAACCUUUACCUGGAGGUCUUCCUGAAAUUUGUAGCUUGUUCUUGGAGAAGUGCUUGAAGCAGGGAUAUAUCAAGCAUAAACCUGAUCAACUGACUGUAAAUCAGUAUGAACCUGGACAAGGAAUCCCUCCUCAUAUUGAUACACAUUCUGCUUUUGAGGAUGAAAUAAUCUCUCUCAGUUUAGGAUCUGAGAUUGUGAUGGAUUUCAAACACCCCGAUGGCCACACAGUGGCAGUUAUGCUGCCCCGAUGCAGUUUAUUGGUGAUGUCUGGAGAAUCCAGAUACCUGUGGACACAUGGGAUUACACCCAGAAAAUAUGAUAUCAUUCAAGCUUCUGAGCUGGGACAGAAAGUUGGAACGAUCACUGCUGAUGUUGGGGAUUUAACACUAAAUCAAAGGAAAACAAGGACAUCAUUUACAUUCAGGAAAGUGAGGAGAAGCCCCUGCAACUGCAUUUACCCAUCUGUCUGUGACAGCCAGAAAGGACAGAAAAGACAGAUACAACCAUCAUUUCCCCAUAACGAGAUGGAAGCCUCAGAGCUGGAGCAAGAAUAUGUCCACAAGGUGUACGAAGAGAUUGCCACGCACUUCAGUAGUACCAGGCAUAGCCCAUGGCCCCGAAUUGUGGAGUUUCUCAGGUCACUACCAGACGGGUCAAUAGUCGCUGAUGUUGGUUGUGGUAAUGGGAAAUAUCUAGGCAUCAACAAGGAUCUGUACAUGAUUGGCUGUGAUCGCAGCAAAAACCUUGUGGAUAUUUGUGGAGAAAAAAAUUUCCAGGCGUUUGUCGGUGAUGCCCUGUCAGUGCCAGUCCGAAGUGGUUCUUGUGACGCCUGCAUCUCUAUCGCUGUCAUUCACCAUUUCUCAACAGCAGAAAGGAGGCUGGCAGCUAUCCGUGAACUAGCCCGGCUUCUGAGGCCUGGUGGAACAGCACUCAUUUAUGUCUGGGCAAUGGAACAAGAAUACAAAAACCAGAAGUCUAAAUACCUUAAGGAAAAGCACGGCAAUAAAGACAAGGAGGAGGAAAUCAAUUCUGGCAUGGCCCAGAGACUGCCUGGUGAUCGGAUGCCUGAUAGCAGCAGCCAAGACUCAGCGAGUACUGACCAACUCCUUGGUGACUCAAAGGACAAAGGCUGUGGUGCAAAGCCAGUGGCAGACUCCAGACUGCCUGUUCACACCAACCGAACCUCCUUUCACUCUCAGGAUUUGCUGGUUCCCUGGCACCUGAAAGGUGGCACUAAAAAGAGACGGGAAAACGUUGAGACUGUGCUGUUUCCAGCUGGCUCUAAGGAAUCGCAAGGACCCAGCCCUGUUUUCCACCGCUAUUACCAUGUGUUCUGUGAAGGCGAACUGGAAGCAGCGUGCAGAUCCCUGGAUGGUGUGAGGGUUCAAAAGAGUUACUAUGAUCAGGGAAACUGGUGUGUGGUUCUAGAAAAGUUGUAGUCCAUGAUAUUUCCUCCAUUACCUGUUUUUUCUGGAAGUACUUUUAAUGCAGGCUAUAGCUAUUACCUCUUUUAAAAUAACAGAAUAAAAGAUUGUUU